AUGAACGGGAGUAGCAGGAGCAAGGAGGCGGGCGAGAAGCGUUUCCUUGAAGAUUCUAGGGUACUGGUGAAGCAAGUGAGGGAGCUGAGGAGGCUGGUGCCCUGCUGCCACGAGCCGUGCGGGCUCGGCGAGCUGUUCCAGGAUGCGGCGAGCCACAUCGAGGAUUUGCAGGUGCAGGUCAAGGUCAUGAGGAUGCUGCUCGACAAGCUCUCAGACGACUGA